AAGGGGUGAGAGUGUCUGAGACCGCCUGCUAACCGCUCUGAGCUGUGCCCUAUUCAACAUGCCUUUUAAAGCAUUUGAUACUUUCAAAGAAAAAAUUUUGAAACCUGGGAAGGAAGGAGUGAAGAAUGCCGUGGGAGAUUCACUGGGGAUCUUGCAAAGAAAAAUCGAUGGCACCCGUGAACAGGAAGACGACAUUGAGCUGACUGAAGAGGGGCAGCCGGCGCGGGCAUCCAGGCCACGCCCGCCGCCCUGUGACUGCAGCUGCUGUGGCAUCCCUAAACGGUACAUCAUCGCCGUCAUGAGCGGGCUGGGGUUCUGCAUCUCCUUUGGGAUUCGAUGUAAUCUUGGAGUUGCCAUUGUGGAGAUGGUCAACAACAGCACAGUAUACGUGGACGGAAAACCAGAAAUUCAGACAGCGCAGUUUAACUGGGAUCCAGAGACGGUGGGCCUUAUCCAUGGGUCUUUCUUCUGGGGUUAUAUUGUGACACAAAUUCCAGGUGGCUUCAUUUCAAACAAGUUUGCUGCUAACAGGGUCUUUGGAGCUGCCAUCUUUUUGACAUCGACUUUGAACAUGUUCAUACCGUCUGCGGCCAGAGUUCACUAUGGCUGUGUCCUGUGUGUCAGGAUCUUGCAGGGUCUAGUGGAGGGGGUGACCUACCCUGCCUGCCAUGGCAUGUGGAGCAAGUGGGCGCCACCUUUGGAGAGAAGCCGGCUGGCCACAAUGUCUUUCUGCGGUUCCUAUGCAGGGGCAGUGGUUGCCAUGCCCCUGGCUGGGGUGUUGGUGCAGUACAUUGGAUGGUCCUCAGUCUUUUAUACUUAUGGUAUGUUCGGGAUUAUUUGGUACAUGUUUUGGCUGUUGCAGGCCUAUGAGUGCCCAGCAGCUCACCCAACCAUAUCCAGUGAGGAGAAGGCCUAUAUAGAGACAAGUAUAGGAGAAGGGGCCAACUUAGCUAAUCUAAGUAAAUUUAAUACACCAUGGAAAAGAUUUUUCACAUCGAUGCCAGUUUAUGCCAUCAUCGUGGCAAACUUCUGUAGAAGCUGGACCUUUUAUUUGCUCUUAAUAAGUCAGCCUGCUUAUUUUGAAGAGGUCUUUGGAUUUGCAAUAAGUAAGGUGGGUCUCUUGUCAGCAGUUCCACACAUGGUGAUGACAAUUGUUGUGCCUAUUGGAGGGCAACUGGCUGAUUAUUUAAGAAGCAGAAAAAUAUUGACCACAACUGCAGUACGAAAGAUCAUGAACUGUGGAGGCUUUGGCAUGGAGGCAACACUCCUCCUGGUGGUUGGCUUUUCCCACACCAAAGGGGUGGCUAUCUCUUUUCUGGUGCUUGCUGUUGGAUUUAGUGGCUUUGCUAUUUCAGGUUUCAACGUGAACCACCUGGACAUUGCUCCUCGCUAUGCCAGCAUUCUCAUGGGUAUCUCAAAUGGAGUCGGAACCCUUUCCGGAAUGGUUUGUCCCCUUAUUGUUGGGGCAAUGACGAAGCACAAGACCCGUGAAGAAUGGCAGAAUGUGUUUCUCAUAGCUGCCCUGGUACACUAUAGUGGUGUGAUCUUCUAUGGGGUCUUUGCUUCUGGAGAGAAACAGGAAUGGGCUGACCCAGAGAAUCUCACUGAGGAAAAAUGUGGAAUAAUUGACCAAGACGAAUUAGCUGAGGAGACAGAGCUCAACCAUGAGACUUUGCUAAGUCCUAGAAAAAAGAUGUCUUAUGGAGCCACUACCCAGAACUGCGAGGUCCAGAAGAAUGAAUGGAGACAACAGAGAGGUGCAGCCUUGGAGGAGGAAGAGCUACCAUCUUACCAGAAUGAAGAGGGAGACUUCUCAUCUACGUCCUAAUGUCCAAGGGCCCUAUCUGUCUUCCCAUCAUCUUAGAACCAGAAAGUACCCAUACCCAAUCCCCAUAGCCUAGCUUGCACGAGAGUCAACCAUGGGGACAUAGGAGGUAGGAGGGGAAGAGGUGGAGUUUAAAUCAGCAAUAGAUUAAAAAAGAGAAACAUUUUCUUGCAAUAAUAUGACUAGGGAGCUUGUUCUCGCUUGAUAAAAUAAUUACUUAUUCAGAAAGGAAUGACUAGAACAUCAAGGACUAUGCUGUUCAGAGAAAUAUGAAAGGAAAUCCCCAUUUGGCCUGGAGGAGAGUAAAUGACAGUUGGACCACCACUCUAAGGGCAGCCACACAGAGGAGGUUUUCCUAUUACCAAUAAAGGGAACUGCUCAUGGAGGCCUUCUAUCGUGCCAGGUGCUUUGCAAACAUUUUAAUUUAAUCUCCACACCCCUCUCAUGUACAUUUAUUACCCCCCAGUUUGCAACUAAAGAAACUCAAGCAACAGAUUAACCUGCCCAAGGUCAUUUUGCCAGGUACCACAGCUGAGACUGGUGAAGUCCCAAAUCAGCAGUAGUUUUAAGAAAGAAGGGCACAGCUCGGUGUAGGAAGACACUAAUAGUAAUAAAUGCUGAAAAUGGAAUGAGUUGUUUGUGGGUAUGAGAGGUGGAAAACUUUUAGGUUAAUAUGGCAGAAUGGAUUCAAACAUAAGAGAGUCUGUAUUCAAAGAACUUCAUGGUCCUAUAUUACCUGGAGAGUUAAAUAAUUCUGGAAUUCACAGUCCUUUUUGUAAGAAAAGGGUGAUUGACUAUGACGCAGAUUCAGUAAUGAAACAGAGAGCAGUGUCUCCAGCAGCUAAGUGACAUAAUUCAAUUUCUAGGCAUCCAAUGGCCCGAAUGGCUGGAAAUUGUUAACCAUGGGUUGGCUAUUAAAUUUAAACCCUCUGUAUUCAAGAAUGUGCUUAAAUAAUGUCCAAAUUGCUUAUAAGCCCUUAGUUUAAGGAGUA